AUGGUUGAGUAUGAUCGCACUCAAGCGAUAAGAGAAGUUACUAUUACUAAGGUACCCCCUAUAUUACAAAUUCACGUUCAGCGCGUGCAAUUUGAUCGAACUACAUCCAACAUUUAUAAAUCAAAUGCUUAUCUUCGAUUCGAUAAAGUUAUUUACCUUGAUAGAUACUUGGAAAAGAACUACGAUGUAUUAAAACAAAAACGAAUCGAAGCCCACAAUUGGAAGCAGGAGAUAGACAAAAUGCAAGAAGAACUCAAAGAUUAUGAACAGGAUAAG